CUUUUGGGUGUUUUGUGUGUUUACGUCGCUGUUUUUGCAUAACUCUCAAAAUUUUUCAAGUGAAAAAAUAUGGGAAUUCUAGGCCUUUCCAAGUUGAUAGCUGAUCUUGUGCCAACAGCUAUUAAAGAAAAUGAAAUUAAGAACUAUUUUGGUCGGAAAGUGGCUAUUGAUGCUUCCAUGUGUUUAUAUCAGUUCCUAAUAGCUGUCCGGAGCGAUGGAGUACAACUGACCACCGUCGAUGGAGAGACAACGUCGCAUUUAAUGGGAAUUUUCUACCGGACAAUCCGGCUAUUAGACAAUGGCAUAAAGCCAGUCUAUGUGUUCGAUGGAAAACCCCCGAAUCUCAAGGGUGGAGAGCUCCAGAAGCGAGCUGAACGCCGGGAAGAAGCCCAGAAGCAACUGCACAAGGCUACAGAGGCCGGCGAUCAAGAAGCCAUGGACAAAUUCAACAGGCGCCUUGUGAAAGUCACCAAGGAGCACACGGAGGAGGCUAAACAACUGCUAAAACUCAUGGGAGUCCCCUACAUCGAGGCACCCUGUGAAGCUGAAGCUCAGUGUGCUGCAAUGGUAAAGUCAGGGAAAGUCUUUGCCACAGCCACAGAAGAUAUGGAUGCUCUGACCUUUGGAUCGAGCAUCUUGCUCAGACAUUUGACAUCGAGCGAGGCUAAGAAGAUGCCCGUGCAGGAAAUUAACUACGACAGGAUGCUACAUGGCUUAGAGUUCAGUGUUGAUCAAUUCAUUGAUUUGUGCAUCCUCCUGGGAUGUGAUUACUGUGAGAGUAUCAGGGGCGUAGGGCCCAAAAGGGCCAUUGAACUCAUCACUCAGUACAAGAGUAUUGAGACGAUUCUCGAGAAGAUUGACAAGAAAAAAUACACAGUACCAGAGGAUUGGAAUUUCAACCAAGCCAGGCAGCUCUUCAAGGAGCCAGAAGUUCAGGAUCCUCAGAGCAUUGAGAUCAAGUGGACGGAUCCAGAUGAAGAUGGAAUUGUGGCUUUCCUCUGUGGACACCGUCAAUUCAAUGAGGAACGCAUAAGAUCGGGCAUCCAGAAGAUCAAAAAAUCCAAGUCAAUGGCUACUCAGGGACGUCUAGACAGUUUCUUCAAGGUUCUACCCACAACUUUUGCCACAAAGCGCAAAGCUGAGGAACCCAAGAAGAAAGACACUGCUAAGAAGGCAAAGAAAACUUUUGGGAAGAAAAAAUAGGACUGAUGCUACAUUUUUUUAAUUAUAAAAUUUCAAGCUUACAAUUUACAUUUCCUGCAGCAUAUAUUGUUUGGCGAGUGCUCGCAAGAACUUCAUCUUGCGAUUAUUUGCUGCUUCUCUCUUGAUCUCUUCAUUAUUGUUGGCAUUCAGUUCCAGUUGACUCAUGUAGGAGAUCUAGAGUUAAAAUUGGGAUAAAAUAAAUGUUUUCGUGUCAA